AUGUCAUCCAGCGAGCCUCAGAGCGCCGUCCCUGCCCACAGCAAGGGCUCAUGGACAAGUUUCCUCAAGUCUAUCGCAUCGUUCAACGGUGACCUGUCUUCACUGACAGCUCCUCCGUUCAUCCUGUCCUCAACCUCCCUCACCGAGUACUCCGCCUACUGGGCCGAACAUCCCGCCGCCUUCAUUGCCCCUGCUAAGGAAUCCGACCCUGAGAAGCGUGCCCUUCUCGUUCUCAAAUGGUUCCUGACCACGCUCCACCAGCAGUACUGCAGUCGCAGUGAGAAGCUUGGUAGCGAGAAGAAGCCGCUGAACCCUUUCUUGGGUGAACUGUUCCUCGGAAAGUGGGAAGGUGAUGCGGACGUGGGUGAAACACAACUCUUCAGUGAGCAAGUCAGCCACCACCCACCCGCUACCGCGUAUGCUAUCUCGAACGAGAAGCACGGAGUCGAGCUUCAAGGAUACAAUGCCCAGAAGGCAUCCUUCUCAAGCACCAUCCAGGUCAAGCAGAUCGGCCAUGCCCUAUACUCCCUCACCCUUCCCUCCGGCGAGAAGGAGCGAUACCUCAUCACCCUACCCAACCUGCACAUUGAGUCCCUCAUCUACGGUACCCCCUUCGUAGAGCUUGAGAAGACUGCCAAGAUUGCUAGCAGCAAUGGCUACGUCUCCAAGAUUGAUUUCUCCGGUAAGGGUUGGUUGAGCGGUAAGAAGAACACCUUCACCGCAAGCUUGUACAAGGCCAGCGAAGGAGAAAAGAAGCCUCUAUACACUAUCGACGGCCAGUGGUCGAACACAUUCAACAUCAAGAAGACUGGCUCCAAGGAGAUCAUUGAUACUUGGGUGGUCGAGAACAACGCCACUACCCCACUUACCCUCGCCCCAAUUGAUCAGCAAGAUCUGUACGAAAGUCGCCGAGCCUGGAAGGAGGUCGCAGAGAACAUCCAGGCCAACAAAAUGGAUGCUGUCUCCGCACACAAGUCGCGUAUUGAGAAUGCCCAGCGUGAUCUCCGCCGCGCAGAGCAGUCCGAGGGCCGUGAAUGGGAGCGUCGCUUCUUCAGCCGUAUUGAGAGCAAGGAUGAUGAUGCUACUAUUCAGCAGUUGGCUCGCUCUCUUGAACUGUCCCCUAAUCUGGAUGGUGACAAGACUGGUGGAAUCUGGCGCUUUGACGCCUCCCGCGCGGCGGGCGCUCAGCCACCUUACCACAAGGUUGGUCCCGAGGGCCUGGGUCUUUCUGCAUAG